AUUCCGCCCUCAUAGCGCAAUCCCGGCCAUGUUAUUUCCCUCUCGCUCCCUUCCUUCCUCUGUUACGGUGGCCGCAAGUGGCUCGGGGCCAGUUAUCGGCUCUCCGCUUUCUUGACAGAUCUGGAGAUCAUAAAGGAUCUAUUCUUGAAAUAAUGGCAACAAAAUCAUCACUCCUUAAAGUAAUUCUUUUAGGAGAUGGAGGAGUUGGAAAGAGUUCAAUUAUGAACAGAUAUGUUACUAACAAAUUUGAUACCCAGUUAUUCCAUACAAUAGGUGUAGAAUUCUUAAAUAAAGAUCUGGAAGUAGAUGGACACUUUGUCACAAUGCAGAUAUGGGACACUGCAGGCCAGGAGCGGUUCAGGAGCUUGAGGACACCCUUCUACAGAGGUUCUGAUUGUUGUCUUCUCACUUUCAGUGUAGAUGAUUCUCAAAGCUUCCAAAAUCUGAGCAACUGGAAAAAAGAAUUCAUUUACUAUGCAGAUGUGAAAGAGCCUGAAACAUUUCCUUUUGUGAUACUGGGUAAUAAAAUUGAUAUAACUGAGAGGCAAGUAUCUACAGAAGAAGCCCAGAUCUGGUGCAGAAACAAUGGCAAUCAUCCUUACUUUGAAAUGAGUGCAAAAGAUGCCACUAAUGUUGCAGCAGCUUUUGAGGAAGCGGUUCGAAGAGUCCUUGCUACUGAUGAUAGAUCAGAUCACUUGAUUCAAACAGAUAUGAUAAAUCUUCACCAAAAACCUAUGUCUGGUUCAUCAUGCUGUUGACUGUUUAGCUUUAUCUCUUGGUUCAAUUAUCAUUCUUAACUGGGAAUAAUAAUAAAACAUAUGAUUCAUUGAUGACACUCUAAUAUAUUAAACUGUAAUAUUUUACUGCUUUAUGUGCUAGCCAGAGGAUUCUCUUCAGUGUGACCUAUUGCUAAAUAAAUGGUAUCUGACAUUUGGGGAAGGUAUUAACUCGAGAAUUCAUUUAAUUUAAAUAUUGUUUGAAUAAUAAAUUAUAUACUAAAACUUGAAAGUUCUAGAAGUACUAUUUGGGGACUCAGAUGAGGAAUAGAAAUUUUAUAUCUACAUAUAUAUUUUGAGGUCACUAAUCCAUGUUUUGCUUCACUAAAACCUUUUUCAUAAAGCAAUAUUAGAUAGUACAUUUUUAUUCACAAUUGCAUCUUUAAUCUUUUUUUUAAAAAAAAUCUGAUUUAAUAUAAACAUUUUAAGGGCUUUUGCUAUUUGUCUAGUGUCACUGAGCUGCCUGUAGAUUUUAAGUUAGAUAAUAAAUAUGCAU